AUGAAGAGAGAGGGUCGACAACAUGGUCUUGUUCGGACCCAUCCCAUCAUACCCUCCCCUUGGAACCCCAAGCCCAACUCCAGGUACGUUAACAAGUUGAAUUCCCCUCCCACGGCUGGGUUGUUCACCAAAGCGUCACCAAAGCCCUCGAACCAUUCCAAGUUCACAGGCAAGUGUGGCAGGUCCAAAUGCACAUGUUGUCACAUACACCCUGCUGGAAAGGCUAAGGACAAGGCCAAGGGGACACAAAAGCUGAGAGGUUGUGACAUUGUUUCUAGGCCCGGGUUGACCUUUUAUGGGUUCUCAGCUAUUAGCAUAUUGGACCAUUGACUGGUGAUUACAUGGAUCUCGAUUCUUGAUGAUGAUGGAUUUUACCAUACAUGAUGCUGAUAAGGUUGUUGAUUCCAACUGCUCGCUACUUACAGUAGAAAUUGAGGAGAUAGAUAACUUUGAUAAUGAAAGCAAGAGUUUGUAACAAGGGAGUUGUGUGGGAAAGGAAAGAAGAUGGAGAUUGGUGUUUGAUGGAAGAAAUGUGAUUUAGUCCGUUGACUUGGAAUGUAUUUAGUUACU